GACCAACAUUGAGUCCAGCCGGUGAAUCAAGGCGACAGUCGGGGACAAGCCUUCAACACAGCGGCAGCGUUUGGCUCCCCUGGACGGAGAGGGAGAGAAUGAGCAUAGUGGGUUUAGUUUGUCGGUACAGCGCAGCAGAAGAAGGGAAAUCACUUCAAAAGAUUUUGACAUGAAGAAGGACAUAGACACAUUGAUAGCAGAGGAACGCACUGAGAUCAUCUCCAAAUAUGACAAGGGCAGGCAAGAGGGUGUCAGCAUUGACCCAUGGGAGGAUGCUGACUACAGCAUCUAUAAAGUCACUGACCGCUUCGGCUUCCUGCAUGAGAAAGAGCUGCCAACACCCAGUGCACUUGAAGAGAAGCAAAAGCAGCAGGAGAUCGAGCGAGUGGAGAAAUGGCUAAAGAUGGUGAAGAACUGGGACAAGUAUAGGAACAGUGAAAAGUUGGUGAAGCGUGUGUAUAAAGGCAUCCCUCUCCAGCUGAGAGGCCAGGCCUGGGCCUUGCUUUUGGACGUAGAUAAAGUCAGAGCAGAAAACGAAGGAAAGUAUGAGAAAAUGAAGCUGCAGGCACGCAACUACUCCACAGAGAUAAAACAGAUAGACUUAGAUGUCAACAGGACCUUUAGAAACCACAUCAUGUUCAUGGACCGCUUUGGAGUCAAGCAACAGGCACUGUUUCACGUACUAGCAGCCUACUCAGUUUACAACACGGAGGUGAGCUACUGCCAGGGGAUGAGUCAGAUUGCUGCCAUCUUGCUCAUGUACUUGAAUGAGGAAGAUGCCUUCUGGGCUCUGUCUCAGCUCCUUACCAACAGCAAGCAUGCCAUGCACGGCUUCUUCAUCCCAGGAUUUCCCAAGCUGCAUCGUUUCCAGGCCCACCACGAGCUGAUCCUCUCCAAAAUGCUGCCUAAGCUGAAGAAACACCUGGACAAGGAACAGAUGACAACAGGGAUUUACACCACCAAAUGGUUUCUCCAGUGCUUCAUUGACAGAACCCCUUUCACCCUCACCCUGCGUUUAUGGGACAUCUACAUACUGGAGGGAGAGAAGAUGUUAGCUGCCAUGGCUUAUACAACCCUCAAGUUACACAAGAAGCGCCUGCAGAAGUUUCAGUUGGAGGACCUGAGGGAGUUUAUUCAGGAGCAGCUGGCUGCUUCUUUCUUCCUGCCUGAUGAUGUGGUGGUUGAACAGUUACAGGCUGCCAUGUCUGAGCUACGCAGCAAAAAGUUGGACCAACCUCCCCCAGCUAAGUCAGAAGAGCUGCCAAAGAAACCUCUAGGUCAAGAGCUACCAGUGCUUCUAAUGCCUCUACAGCCUGACUCACCUCUGGAAGUCAAAAUAAAUCUGCAGCCUCACAACCAGCCCAAUACAGAGGUGAUGCAAACAGAUAGCAUCACUCUACACCAGACCCCGUCUCCUGCUGAGCCCCAGGACUCGAGAAGCCUUUUUGGGGCAAACACACCUUCUUUGCCUUCACCGGAUCCAGUUGUAGUGCACACACAAGAAACGCCGUCUCCCAGGCCUUGUAGGGCACCUCCAUUACCUCCGCAAGCAGAGCAGCCCUGUGCUGAGAUAGAAGUGAAGGAGUCGGUCCCAGAAGUUAGUCAGACUGAAGAUAGGGAGAGCCAGCCUGGAAACCCAGAGAUUCGGGGAGAGCCUAUGGAUUGGCCUCCACCCUAUGUGCCCCCUGCUUUGGAUGUUCUUACAAUGCAGACUGAGGAGGAGAUCAUGGACCUUCCAGAUCUGCCACCUCCACCUUUAUUUUGCACUGACCAGGAUGACCAAUGUCUAGGAGCUGGGACUGGACCGCAGACCCAGCGCCGCUCUCCUUCCCCACGUUCUGCCUCCCCGCUGGUCACUCAAAUCAAGCUAUCUCCACAAAUACGCCCAAAACCCCCCACAUCACUCGACCUCACCCAGAACAAACCUCUUCCCCCAAAGACUUCCAUUCCCUCAAAGCCUUCUCUUUCCUCAAAGCCUUCUCUUUCCUCAAAGCCUUCUCUUCCCUCAAAACCUUCUUUUCCCUCAAAACCUCCCCCUCCCUGUGCCUUCACCACAUCCUCCUCCUCUUCUCCCAGGGGCCCUCCCCCAAAGCCAAACAAGUUCCCAGUCUCUCUUUAUGUCCCAGUGCAUCCAGGAGACAGGCGGCCUUCCAACACCUCCCAGUAUGACAACCUGUCUGAAGCUGAUGAGGAAGAUCGCUACCUGGAGAGGUUGCUGGGCUCUACACCCGAGGAGGAUCUCAGCAUGCACUGCAAUCCACCACCUGCCAUUGACAGAGACUAUGACCCCACUCUCUACCCUCUGCCUCCACCUCCUGUGUUCAUCCGCCCUUCCCCAUCUUCCAUUCCUCCCUCGCUGUGCACUCUACCGAGUUUGCCUCAGGAGCCGGAAUAUGUAGGAGAGGACACCUGGGUGGAGGACUCUAUCAUCCCCUCUCCUCCACCUAGUUUUGCUGACAGACUCAGUCCCUUCCAGGGUAGUACUGCCGGCUGUUCAGACACACACAGAGCCACUUCACCCAGUUACUCUAAGCCUUUCACCAGGGGCCCCAGGGACCAUUCUGCCUUCCCCGCACCUCUGUUGUACACCGGGUCUCCCCCUGGCCACUCCAGGCACUCAGGACAGUCUGCAGGAGGGGUACCUAUGGUCCAAUCUAGCCCAGACUUUUGCAGGAUUCCUCCAGGUGGACAGCAGCUGCCUAAAUCAGUGACCUUUUAAAGAUUCCAAGUAUCAUUCAAGUGUUACUGAUUU